AGAGAAAAUGAUCUAGUUUUGUUAUAAGCAGGCGUAGUGAGCGCGGAAGAUUCACUCGGAGUUUACCCGAACUGAAGCUUCUGAAGCAUAGAGAGUUACAAAUCAGGAUGUCCAGGUUUUUAAGCAAGCUCUUGAAAGGUCACCAGAAAUUCCCGGAAGAUGAGAGGUCUGGCCCCUCCGAAAUAUCAACUCCAACAAACGUUUCGCAUGACAUUCAUGUCGUCGUAAGCGUCACUGGAGAAUUAGAAGGGCUUCCAGAACCAUGGAGGAGACUGUUGGAAAUAAACAAUAUCAGCGUUUCGGAUCAGAAAGAAAAUCCUGCGAUUGUUCUUCAGGCGAUGAAGUAUUAUUGUUACCUUGAGGCUUCGAAAAAGAAAGCGGAAGGAGAUAUCAAGCCUCUCAUAACGGAGGACUCCGUACAAAGAGAAACGGAGGAUAUUCGUCAUGUGAACUUUUCUGAACUAGGGAAGCCGACGAAGACCCCUCCGAUCAGCGCCAAAGAUGUGAGUGAUGACGAAAACACAAGUUCAGAGAAAGAAACUGGGUUCCCCCUGAAAGGCACAUUUUCCGAGAAGCCAAUACCCAUGACUGCUGUAACGCGACCCGUUAACGACAGCCGUCCAGAUCUUCCGCCGAAACGAGUGAUUGGACAGUCCGUUCGCAUGAAUAAUACCGGCGGGCAAAACGGACAGCAUCCUGCCCCUGUGCCACCGACUAAUCAGGACCUCCGAAUUACUGACGAGACCAUUUUGAGACACAAAAAGAAACCCUCAGACUUGCGUUACAGCCGACUUUCUGAUGCGUCCAUUCAAGAAGAGCUAGUCCGUGUCUGUUCUCCUGGUGAUCCGAACAAGAGGUUUCGCAAAAUUCGAGAAGCUGGAGCAGGAGCUUCAGGAACUGUGUGGAUUGUGCAUGACAUGGUCAACAAAGGCAGGAAAGUUGCCGUGAAGGAAAUUGACAUGAGGCGACAGGUGAAGAAAGACCUGAUCCUCACGGAACUAAAAGUCAUGAAGGAGAUGCAACACCGAAACCUAGUCAACUUUCUCGAUUCAUACUUUAUUUCGGACCACUUAUGGGUUGUGAUGGAAUUGCUGGAAGGUGGCCCACUUACCGACGUGGUCAUGGAGACAAUCAUGACAGAGGCGCAGAUUGCGAUAGUUUGUCACGAAGUUCUUCAGGCCGUCAACUUUCUUCAUAGCAGAGGCGUAAUACAUAGAGACAUAAAGUCAGACAAUGUGCUGCUCGGCAUGGACGGCACGGUGAAAGUUACAGAUUUUGGCUUCUGCGCCAACAUUCAGGGAGACCAAAAACGACAAACAGUGGUCGGCACCCCAUUUUGGAUGGCGCCCGAAGAAUGGGUUGGGGUGGCCGUGAGAGGCGUUCCUGUUGCCGCACGCUGGAAACUGAUCAACGAGCGAAAAGGGGCAAGAAUGCGAAAGGUGGCGAGCAAAGAGUGGCUCUUGCUCGUCGUGACUCGGAAGCAGUACGGAAGGAAGAUCGACAUUUGGUCGCUGGGCAUCAUGGGGAUCGAGAUGAUUGACGGGGAGCCGCCGUACAUGAACGAAUCGCCGUUGCGGGCCAUGUACUUGAUUGCGGCCAACGGACGGCCGGUCAUCUCGUCGUGGGCCAGGUUGUCGCCAGACUUCCAGAACUUCCUCGACCUCUGUCUCUGCGUGGACGUGGAGCACAGGGCGUCGGCGUCGGACUUGCUGACGCACAAGUUCCUGGACAAGGCCGCCUCGCCGCACACGCUCGUCCCACUCAUCAAGGCGGCCCAGAUCGCUCUCAACAAAACCUAUUGAUGAUGAUGCUGGCGGCGGUGAUGGUGGUGGUGGUGGUAUUUUUUAAAUUGAUGAUGAUAUUUAAUUUUAAAAAUAAUUUUCUUUUCGUCUGUAGUGUCCGACUCUGAGGAGGAUUCCUUUUUUUUUGAGCGAAAUGUGCCUUUGGAGUUUUUUUUUUUUCUUGGUUGUUUGUCGUUGCUGCUCCCCUUUGGCCUUUUGCUUUUCAAAGAUUUUUCCCCCACGAAUGUUUUUGUGACCUUGGGUGAAAUACAAUUUUCUGGUCUUGUCUUGCACUCUUGAACAACCCUCCAUCGCCCGUGGGUUAAAUUUUGGAUUCGUUGAGAGCAGUUACGACAAACAAGAACCCCUGAUUCCUCGCUGUCCAAAGUUUAAUUUUUUGUUUUGUUUCAUUUGUCUAUUUAAUUUUUGGAUAGGGUUGCGUGAAAAGCGCUUCAUUUCCGAGGAGUGUUCGAGCUUUUCUUGGUGAGAACUGUGUGUGGGGGGGAGCGAUUACCGCGGAAUCGUGUCUCGUGUUCGCCUAUUUAUGGUUGAUUCCUUUUGUUUCGAAGGAAGGAAUCCAGGUAUUUUGCAGUAUAUUUCUAGUACACACGAUCGCGUCUUUUGAGCCAGUCAAGAAGAGGAGGAGCGGGGAAAGGAAAAAGUUGGACGAGUGGAGUCAAACGUGCUUACAAAAUUUUUGUCGCGAUUUAUUGGGUCCAAAGAUUGCUUUUUGAGUGUGUGGACGACGAGAUUCACCAAGACUUAUUUCGCGUAACAAGACGCCUCUUUUUUGUUUCUGCUGAAAAAAAAAAUGUGAGCCAUUGAAAAGAGGUGGUGUAGGGGGGCUGCACAAAAUGACGAAAAAGAAAGAGAGGCAGGCGGUUGUGGGCCAAGAGAAAAAAAAAUCCACGCGUUGUGAUGCAUUCGUUCUUCCGAAGAACCUCCCGUUUACAUGAGGCUGUUUCUCUGCUUUUGAAGUUGGCCUUCUUUUUAUCGAGUAUGGAAUGAUGAAACUUGCAAAGACUCAGCUUUUCUCCUUUUUUUUUCUUCUAAAUUGGGAGGGAUGGUCGCAAAAUUUUGAGAUUCGGGCACUUGACGUCAUCGGAAAUAUUUGCAAUUUUUACAUCAAUGAUAUAACAAUCGGUCCCCACUUCGAAAUGAUUAAUUCGGCUGAAAAUCUUGUGAGAGCUUAUAGAAAGUGUCGCUUCAUGCCCGAACGCAAACGAAAGGAAGAAUAAUCGGCGGAAGGAUAUAUCUUUGAAUGGGAAUUUAUAAAACAAUGCUUUUUACAGUUUUAAAAAUAAUUUUCGUUCAUAUAUUCUUGAUGACCUUCAAAUAUUGCGAACAUCCUUUGUGUGUUUAAACUUGGCGCAUAAAAUACGUUUUCGCUGUUCGAAAAGCGGGAAAAAAAAAAUCUUUGUUUCAAAUUUGUUUCCCAUUUGCUCAAAAUUGCCAACUGCGGGGAAUGAGGGAGAAAAAAGGGAACAAUUUAACUUGCAUCGAAAAAGUUGACUGUGUUUCUUCCUCCCGACUUUUCAGCGCGUCGAUGAAGAAAGGUGAGAGAGAAACGAACUGAUACACGCGCACGCAUUUUUAUUGUGGAAAUUGCUGUGGGAUAUAUAUUUUGUUGUUGAUCCGCCGUGUUGCCAUUUCGCGAGUAUUCCUUUUUGUGUGCAAAACGAGCUGGGGGCCAUGUUACGGCGUGUUUGAGUCGAGUAUUUAUAUCCAAAACAUUCUCUGGCUUCCAAACUAGAGGAAAAAGUGAUAAAAAACACUCGCUCGUGCGUUUAUUAGGAGAAGUUUGUGUGUUUGAAGCUGCUUUUUUUGAAACAACCUCGUUUGUUCUUUCGUCGUUACUUUCAGAAUUUAUUUAUUUAUUUUUUGUGGCAUCUACGCCUCCACAAUUUUUUCAAGUCGAAUUUCUCUGAAUGUUUCAAUUACUUGCAGUAAUUACUAAGAAGAAAAAAAUAGUAAAGCUGGCACGAAUCACAAAAUGUAGCAAAGCUUUUUCAAAUUAAUUAGGACGAAUUAAUUUCUUCUCUGCUGUAAUCCUUGCUAUUUUCUUCAUUCUAUGGCUGAGGCAGCAAAACAAAAUUUAUGAAACUUUUUUCGAAACUUUUUCUAGAAAAAAAAUUAUGUCUGCGUGAUGCAGAGAUGAAAUUUUCUUUCUGGGCUUAAAUCGCUGAAUUUUGGGGAUUGAGUAGUCAUAAAAGGUUGCAAUAAGUGAAGGCAUAUGGGCUGUGUUUAACCUACUGCAGGGUUCGGUUUUUUUUUCUUCCACGGGUGUCGAAGAAUAUUUCUGGGUCGUUUCAUGAUAUGUACAGUUCUUGAUUGCUUCGGAAUAUUUUCUCGUAAUCGCCGAAUCGUGAAGCGUGAGACGAAAAAUACGUCGUUUCCGUUUUAGUCAUGUUUCUGAUUUGAUGAGAGUUUUUUUCUUAACUGCUGAAUGAUUAACCGGGGAAUUGAGAGAGAGAAAAAAACAAAUAAAUUCGAUUCAAUUUCAGUUGAGAGGAAAAUGCGAUCGCGAAAUUGAAUAAAAUGAAAUCAACUCGUCAUUGUUUACGCGGAAAAAAAUUCUUGAUCUUCGAAGAAUGCGGCCGACGAAAUUAUGUACUCUCCUUUUUCCUUUUCUUCUAGAUCUUCCUCCGCUUUCUUCCCUUUAUUGAAUAAUCGCGGAGUGUGGGAGGAAAGAAAAGAAGAAAUUUUUCAAGUCAUUCAGACGGGGACUAGAAAUAGAGAGAAAGAGAAAUGCAUUCCGUUGCUUUUUCCAGAGGGAAAAUGAGGAUUUAAAAAAAAAUCAACGCCCUGCUUUUCUCUGUCCUCCAUGUUUCUCUUUUUUCAUUUCAAUGUGCAAGAGAGAGAUAAGGACACGAAGGCGUCGGCCAAAGAAAACCGAGAGAAAGUGGGGGGAAAAAAAGAAAAGGAUUACGUUUGUUUUCGCGACGCGGUCAUUUUAUUUAUUUUUUUCUCUGCGACGUACUCAUAUGCGAUCUUCUGCUGAUGUUCUUGUGUUUGAGAUGGGAACGAUGAGACUUUGAAUCAAAUUAAGAUUUUUAGGGAU